AUGAAUCCUAACAAGCCUAAACCUCCUCCACUCACCAUCAUUACUAAAAAUCAUCAGACGAACAAUUGUACCUCCACAACAACAACAAUAUCCUUCUCUUCCACCACUAAUGGAGCAGCAAGAAUUGGUAUGAGUAAUGAUAGUGGAAGUCCUCUACAAAGAGUGACAGCAAGUUCGGGAGAAUAUCAACGUUCGGGAAGUACAACUGAGAGACCAUUAUUUGUGAGGAAUAAUUCAUCCCCUCAAGUUGUUACAUCAUUUGGUUUUGGUAGUCCACCAGGAAGUCCAUCAUCAACCUCAAAUUCCAGUAGAAAGAACAGUCAUACAGCCAUUCAUCCAUUUCAGCACCAGAAUAGUGAUAAUAGAACUAGUAUUAAUAGAGAUUUAAUGUUACCUUUUGAUUUUUGUAAGAAGGAAGAUGAAACAUCGAAAUGGAUGAAGUUUUACUUGUGUUGUUUGAGUUUGAGAGUGAAAACCAUGUCUGUACUAAUGUUGACAUUUCUAAUGAUUAUGGCCAUGUGUUUGAUUGGAUUAGUCAUUUCCUUUGAUGUUUCAUUUGAUAGUGUUGAAAAGAAAGAAGCAUUAGAUUCAUCUAGAAAGACUGCCAAAGCUCUCUUUGAUGAUUUUAAAUUCAUUUCAGAGAAGGUCUAUGAUUUUGCCUCUUGGGAUGAUUCGUAUUCUAUUAUGAAGACUGAAAAUACGACAAUUGCCGACAAGAUGUUGGAUCUCUAUUUUUCUUGUGCCUAUAUGAAAAGAGCUGGUAUUAAUUUUUCAAUCAUGUACUAUCCAAAUGGUACCUUUUUUAAUGGAAGAGCUUGUUUCGACAUGUGGAAAAUACCUGAAUUUCCAGAUGAAUUGAAAGCUUUAAGUACAAGCUUUUUUCAAACAGACGACAAUUACAAUGGUAAGAUUGUCACUUCUUCUGCCUUCCAAGCAGUAUUUACUCCAAGAAGGAAUUUGGCUCAAUUAUUUAGUUCUAAUUCUCAAGUACCUGCUAAUAGUUUUGUAAAUGCAACAAAUAUCAUCUUGGCAGUUGCCCUACCAAUACAACCAAACAAUAAUUCUGAUCAGAAUGGUGUAUUUCUCUACGGAAGAUACAUGACACAGUCACUCAGUGAUGAUAUCUCUGUCAGAACUCAAUACUGUACCACUUUUUUUGAUCUCACCAAUAAUGAGGAUUUAAAUCUACUAGAAGAUGACUUUAAAAAUUUUCAAGGUCAACUCAAUAACAAGUCAGCAACCAAAGUGAGUAUCAAGUAUCAGAGUUGGGCUGACGACGAGCCAUUCUAUUACUCGUACAAUAUGAAAUACUCUUCCAGCAAGAGGAGAAGUUGUGCUGAAACCUACACUAAAGAAUAUUACACUUCAAGAAUGGCAACUUAUCAAUUAUAUUCUGAUUACAAUAAUUCAAAUAGUAUUGUCAUUAGAACUGAUUUUAAUAGAGAGAUUUAUCAAGUUGGUUGGACAUCAUUUAUGUAUACUUGUUUUGUUUUGAUAGCUAUUGUUUUUACACUCCUUAUUGCAGUCAUGAUCUUUGUAGAAUGUGUUGUUUUGAGAAGAAUUUUGAAAAUUGGAUCUACCGUAAAAAGCAUUACCAAAACUAAUGAUAUUUCCAAGAGAGUUCCCAAUUCAGGAUUUGAUGAAUUGGGACGUUUAUGUAAGGAUAUUAACCACAUGUUGAUGGCAUUGGAAGAGUCACAAAUUAAACUUGCUAAAGACAACCAAAUAAUGCAACAAUUGCUGGAAAAAACAGCCCUCGAAGAACAAAAAUCCAGAUGUGUUAUGAAUAGUAUCUCAGACUUUAUUGUCACUGUAGAGUGUGAUACUGGGCUUUUAGUCAACAUCAAUACAGCAUUUGAAAACAAGCUUUUAAAAAAGAAUUCCUUUGCUAGAUCCAACUCGGCGAGCCACUUAACUUAUGCACCUACUCAAUCCUCCUCUCCUAAUUCUCCAAAUUCACCAAAUUCACCAGGAGAUCCUCCUCUAAUAAGAAGAUCAACAGUUUCACCACCAACACCAAACUCUAAGAAUAUUUUUGAAACUCACAAUAUUAUGGAGUAUAUUAAGGAUUUUGAAUCAUAUGACGAGUUGAAAGAAUUGUUAGAAUCACUCUCUAAAAAUAACAAUGGUUCCUUGCAUCAUGAAACAUACAUUCAGAAUGAUUUCUCUAUCAAAUAUCAUGUGAGCGUUAGUGUCACCAAAGUGAAAAUGACCAUCAGAGAAGGUUUAAUUGGAGAUGCCUACAUUGUUCUUUUGAGAAAUAUGGUUGAGCAAAAGGAAUUGAAGAAUAUUCUUACAAAACAACAAGAAAAACUCGAAGAAAUGAAGAAAAUUUCAGAAUUUAACAGAAUUUUCAAAGAUCCUCAUUGGAGAGAAUUGUUCAAAGUAUUUGCAGCUAGUGAACUUUCAGCUGAGAAUGUUCACUUUUUGGAAGAUAUUGAAACUUACAAGUCGCUCUCAAAAACAAGAGACAGAGCAGCACUCUUGGAAGAAAUGGUCAACAAGUAUUUACUACCUGAAUCACCUUAUCCUUUAAAUGUUUCCAAAAAGACAGUUGAGACUGAAAUUAAAAAGAUCACCUCGGGUUACGGACAGCUAGACUUAUUUGAUAAGAUUGAAUCAAUUAUUAAGCUAAUGGUUGUGAAUGACACAUUCUCCAGAUUUCUUUCCAGUAAGAUCUUUAGAGAUUCUUCUGCCAAUGAUCUUUCAAGAACUUCCUCUUCUCUUACUAAUGGCCAAAUAGAUGCAAUUUCAGAAACCCAAGUCAGUUUGGAUGUGUAAAUCUCUAAAAUGCACUUUUGAAUUUAACUAACAAGCAAUGAUAAUAAUCUUCAAUGACGGUGUAGCUCAGUGGUAGAGCAAUGAUUCAAAAAUGAUUUCUGUUCAGAGAUCUAACUGCAACCAACCAAACUUCGUUGGUCGAGGGUUCGACCCCCUCCAUCGUCAGACACCUUUUUUUCGUAUUGGCGAGCUAAUAAAAACGAAAAUUACAGGAAAA